CGUCUCCGGCGCUGUCUGCAAGCUACAUCUCAUCGCUGCAUCGUCGUCGCCGCCGCCGCCGUUUCCAGCAGCUUUGCUUUAUUACUAUCGAUUCAUUGUACUGUUGUUAUCAUUAUUGUUCAUAAUUCGCCUAUCCGUCUUUUCAUCGGGCCAGAGCUGUUGCGAGGCAAAGAGCUGAUCUUCGGUCGCGUUGACAACGAGAUCACUGACUUUUGUCUGCCAUUAUUUCCAUUUUAUAACAACUUAUUACACUUAAGCUAUACAUUGCACAUUCAUAUCGAAUUAUUUGCGCCUGUACAACAUCCCGUUGACGACGCGGACGUCGCAGCGGUGGCAAUCACCACGACGAGCCGACGACAUGAGAUGCAGUUGGCCGCCAGACGGAUCCGAUGGAUGUGUUUGUUGUGCGCGUGCGCACUGGCCGAUCAACGCGUCAACACCGCGAGCAACGACACUGCACAAACAGGGUUGGGAGAACAAUGUUUCCAAGACGACACGUGCCAGUUGCACGACAAGCAUGCGGUGUGCGCACAGGUGGACCACAACGCAAUAUGCAAGUGUAAACAGGGCUACCAUAUCGUUACAGUUUCCAGGCCUACCAAUGCCAGGAGCAGUUUUUGCGCCCAAGACGAUUCGGACGGCAAAGCUGGCGGUUCGUCGCUACUCGGCGUCGUGGUCGGCCUGUUAGUGUUCUCGGCGCUCAUCUGUUUCGGGCUGCGCCUGUCCACGGCCUCCAGACCCCGGCAUUUCCCGACCACCAACUUAUAUCCGAACAAGCUGCUGUGUUCACGUCAAACUAAAGCAUCUUCGAGCAAACAUUACGGCACGUCAGAUUCUGCGGCGGCCAAUGGACAACAAAAAGACGAGAGUACUGCCGGUCAAUCGGAAACCAAAGAUGACGAUACGAGCAGGGUAGGAGCUGCCAGGGCAGCUGCUUUCAUAUUGAUCUCUUGCCGGCCAUCUACGUCGGAGUCAACAACGGCCUCACCGAGCAGGGCAAAAAGGGCAAAAAAAUUGGGCUAUGGUCGUACCGGUAGUGAUCCAGCUGUGCACAGUACAUCUUCAGUGAAAACAUACAACUUGAAAUGGUAUCAAAGGGACCAGCAGAGAAGGCAUUCGACAAAGAAUAGGGAAGCAAAAGGCACUCCACCUAGUCAUUGUUCGACCGAACAACUAAUACAAAAUAGUUCGAAAGAUGAAUGCUCCAGAAACAGUCAAACCGCGUUAAACUCUAAAGAUAAAUCAAAAGCAUCGUCGGUGAGUCGUAUCGAACAUAGAGCGCUGGUCCAUCAUUCAGCUGCGGCGAUUAGCUGUGGCAACGGCGGCGGAAACUGCUCGGAACCCGUGGUCACAGUCGAGUUAUCGGAACAACCGCUACAACGUCCGGAAGGAAUUAUUACACAGGGGACACGAUGAAACGUAUAGGUAGUACGUGUAAUUAUGAUAAGAAAUGUUUAUAAAACGAUAAUAUUAAAACUAUUAUCGUAUUAUUUAUAGUGUAUAAUUCAAUGGUUUAAAUCCGCGUGGUUAAGUGAUAUAAAUUCUCUGUUAUAAUAAUGUAAUGAAAUAUAAUAUACUCUGUUCAUGGAUAGACCGUAAGGCGGCCUUGAAGUUAUCACUUGUAAUAGAUACGAGAAGGGUUGAUUUGUGAGAGGGUAAUUGUAUUGUCCGAGAUUUUUUUAUAGACGAUGUAGAUGCAAAUAAUAGGUUUGUUCGAAGGAUCCUAUUCGAGUAUAUCAUCCCUGAAAACAAUUUUUUUAAAUAGUAUUACGAGUUACGGCCGUUGAAUAUUUUUAAUAUUUUAUUCAAUAUAAUAUAUUGUACUUAAUCGUACCUCAAUAAUACGGCAUGUUCACAUUUUAAACUUAUGUUUAAUCAUUACAAAAUGUUCAUUUCGUCAUGACGUGUGUAGAUUGGUAAUAAAAAAAGUGGUGCAGGGUGGUCGCAUUUAUAUUUUAUAUACAUAUACCUAUCGAUUUCGCAUGGGCAUAUUUUUAUCGUCUCUCGUCAAACGCCACUCGAUAGCUGCUUGAUGAAGUUGACAAUUUUGGUUGAAUUAAGUUUAAAUAAUAUGUCAUAUGUUACAAAAUACUCUCUGUAUAUAUUGUAGACGUAUACGUGACACUAUCUGCAGAGUACAGUCACGUAAUGUAGUGAAUAAUGAGAUAUAAUUAUAUAAAUACUUACUUGUGUGUAUGUGUGUUUGUAACUGUGUGUAUUGCCCAUUUGAAAUAACUUGCGAUGAUUUACCAUAAAGGCCGUGCCGGGUAGUUAACUAAAAUUUUUCAAAACUUAUACUUCCAUGAUAUUCCUUGCACGAGGAACAAUAUUUUUAUAUAAUUUCUAGAUAGUGUUUUAUACAAAUAUUUAAAUAUACAAUAUGUUUGAA